AUGGAUUUGCCCACCUUGGACUUUUCUCUCUUCGCUCAGGGCUCCCGUGCCGAGAGCAAGACGCUUGCCAAAGCGCUGGUGAAAAGUUUCAAGGAUCAUGGUUUCGUCAAGCUCGUGAAUCAUGGUCUCCCCGAGGAAACUGUUAAAGCAUACAUGGGCGCAGCCGUCGACUUUUUUGCGCUGCCCACUGAAGCCAAGAUGGGGAUCUCUAACCCUCGGGGUCCCAACCCACAACGAGGCUUCAGCUGGGUCGGUGCCGAACAGACUUCCAAACUUCGGAAAGAGAACCUCGAAGGCCAAUCAUCGUGGGACGAACUAAUGGACGCCCGUGAGCACUUCGACGCCGGCCCGCCAGGGGACGUCGAGUUUCCCAACAAAUGGCCGUCAGACGAUGUGCUUCCAGGCUUCCAGAAGCUGAUGGAGAGCUGCUACAUGCAGCUCCAAGGCGUUUGUCUGGAGAUUAUGAGCGCCAUGGAAGUGGGCUUAGACAUGCCUACCGGCUCCUUGGCUGAGCGAUGUAAGCCGGCAUCCAGUGAGCUGCGACUGAACCACUAUCCGCCGACCGACCUGCGGCAGCUGGCAGACGGCAAGGUGAAGCGAACGUGGCCGCAUACGGAUUUUGGAAUCAUCACCCUAUUAUUCCAGGAUAGCGUGGGUGGACUCGAGUUGGAGGAUCGUUCAAAACCGGGUACGUUUGCUCCAGUACUGCCAGGCGACCCGAGCGGCAAGACGGAGAUGGUGGUCAACAUCAGUGACACCUUUCAACGCUGGACCAACGAUGUCGUCAAGGCCGGCGUACAUCAAGUCUCGGUGCCGCCCAGCAUGAAAGGUGCUACGGAAGGAUUCUGUCCCGAGCGGUACUCGGGCAUCUUCUUCUUCAAAGCCCAUCGGGAAAUGUCGGCAGGACCGCUGCCCCAUUUCGUGACUGAGAAAAGGCCGGCAGCAUAUGACGAGAUCACGGCGCUCCAGUAUCAACAGCGAAUGACCCAGGUUCUAUACUGA